AUGACUACUAUUGUCAUUCCUUAUUCUGGCUAUAUUCCUGGUGGUUUACACAUAGGAACUGAUGUGUCAAUUUCUGGUAGAACACAUCAUGACUUCAAAAGGUUCAGCAUAAGUCUGUGCUCUGGCCCUACCUGGGACAGUGAUUGUGCAUUUGUUUUCAACCCAAGAUUUGAUGAUGGGCGAGUAGUCAGAACCCACAAGCAGGGUGGCACUUGGGGUGUUGAAGAGACUGAUGGAGGGAUGCCAUUUCGUAGAGGUCACAAUUUCGACCUGCACAUAAAGAUUGAUCACCAUGGUUACAAGAUUAAAGUGAAUAAUCGCCACUUUUGCAACUUCCAUCACCGACUUCCCAAAGAAAUGGUUCAAUACAUUUACAUAGAAGGAGAUGUUUACAUAAACUUUAUUCAGUUCAGUGAACACAGACAUGGUGUGGUACCAAGUGUUGUACCAAGCUUCGCUCCAGCCCCUGUGCCUGCAUAUCCAGCAGGUGCAGUGUUUCCUCCAGUCCCAUCUUAUCCUUCAGCACCAAGCUACCCACCAGCCUAUGGUGGGGGACCACUUUAUAAUCCUCCUGUACCAUUGACAACACCCAUCCAAGGAGGGUUGUAUCAUGGAAAGAUCAUUUAUAUAUCUGGAGUACCUCACCACAGUCCCAGUCGAUUCACAAUAAAUCUGGCGUGUGGAAGCUACGAUUCAGCUGACUAUGGACUCACUUUUGAUGUCCGUUUCAACUACAGCAAUUGUUACAAUGUUGUUGUUCGAACACAUAGACAGAAUGGAAGCUGGGGGCCUGAAGAAAAGCAUCAGAAUUACUUCCCCUUUUCCCCUGGUGCAGAUUUUGAGAUAAUGAUUCUGGCAGAACACAACGCUUACAAGAUUGCUGUGAACGGCCAGCAUUAUACUGAAUUCUUUCAUCGUAUUCAGCCAUUACAGAGAAUAGAUUAUCUGAAUGUGACUGGAGAUGUGCGUCUCACACUAGUGCGAUUCCAGUAG